AUGUCAUACUACGACGUGGACGCGAUCUUGACAGACUCGCAGAAACUACCGUGUACAUUUGAACUCGAUGUGCCAGGGUUGGGCUAUCUUGAUGGAAAUGCAGGCCAGACGAUCAAAGCAGGCUCCAAGAUCGAUCUGCCCAUGUGGUUGGGGAUUCUGCUUGCGGUUUCGAGCGGAAACACACCUGGAGCGACUCCGCUGGUGUCGUUAGAUUUCCCAGAGCCACUUCAACAGCGCGUCAUCAAUGCUCUCAAGGCAGAUCCCAAAUCGGUAGACCUACGAGUCCAAGCGCCACACUUCUACGCGCUCGGUGCCCGGAUCAUGGACUUGUUCGAGGACCAAGACGUCCUGGAUACGCUGGUUGAUACAUUCAAACAACGUGCGGCCGAGAUCGCGGAUCACGCUCAUCACGCUCGUGGUGCGUUGGGAGAAGGCGCGGAGUUUCUGCGGGGCCUGGACGAAAGUGAGCGGCAGAUCUUCAAGGCUGCUCAUGAGGGUUCUAAAGCCGUGAGAGUAUGGACGCAGGAUUUGAAGAAGAAUACUUGA